AUGAACGAGGAGGCAGAGGAGUCAACGCAGCUCGACAAGGAGCAGCCGGAGAAGGAGGAUGAGGAGAAAGUGCAGAACCUACAGCAACAGGUGGACAAUCAAGCUGGAGAGGGGACACAGGACACGCAGGUCGAACAGAACAUUGAGGAGGAGGAGGAGGAGGAGACUGAGGCGAUUCCGCCGGGGGACGAUGUGCAAGCUGACGGAAAAGUAGAUGAGGAGAAGGAGGAGGUGCAACUGUGUGAGCGGGAGGAUUCUGAGGAGCACUAUCAACAGCAGGAGCAGCAGGAGGAGCAGCAGCUGACACGGAUCCUCUGCUUCUGCCACUUGACUGGAGUCAUUUGUGUGACUCUCAUUUUCAGGACCAAUUACAUCAUCAUUGUCCAAAACACACACACACACACAGAUGCGGGGAAAGAGCGAGUGAGGACACCUCGCUGCCUGUUUCCAUCCAACCGACGCGUAAAGUUGUGUAUUAGAGGGGAGAAGGAGAAGGAGGAGGAGGAGGAGGAGGAGGAGGAGGAGGAGGAGGAGGAGGAGGAGGAGGAGGAGGAGGAGGAGGAGGAGGAGGAGGAGGAGGAGGAGGAGGAGGAGGAGGAGGAGGAGGAGGAGGAGGAGGAGGAGGAGGAGGAGGCACCAGCUUCUGUCAGCUGCAGGAUUCCAUCACUCUUAGCAACCGUUGUCGAGUUACUAGGGAAACACUGUGCGAUGUUCUGCGCUUUUCCUUUGUCCUUCGCUCUCCUGCCUCCCUCUCUCUCUAGCUCUCUCUCGCUCCAUCCCGUCUUCUCUGCUGGUCGACUUCCUGCGUAUGUUGCCACGGCGAUGCUCUGGGACAGUCAGCCGGAUGUGUUGUGCCACUGCAGUUUUGGUCGAUGUUGGCGGGGGGAAGCGCCGGACGAGCGGCGCUUUCGUGAGGUCAAAUCCAACAACACUGACAUCCUGCCACCUCCUGUCCCCGCGUUUCUCACCGACGCCACCAUGAACGAGGAGGCAGAGGAGUCAACGCAGCUCGACAAGGAGCAGCCGGAGAAGGAGGAUGAGGAGAAAGUGCAGAACCUGCAGCAACAGGUGGACAAUCAAGCUGGAGAGGGGACACAGGACACGCAGGUCGAACAGAACAUUGAGGAGGAGGAGGAGGAGGAGACUGAGGCGAUUCCGCCGGGGGACGAUGUGCAAGCUGACGGAAAAGUAGAUGAGGAGAAGGAGGAGGUGCAACUGUGUGAGCGGGAGGAUUCUGAGGAGGUAGUUGAGAUGCAACAAAGUUCGUGCCAGUGUCAACGACUUGACAGCGAGGAUGAAGAGAAGAAGGUGCAAGAAGGUGUGCACAAAAAGACGACAGAAGGGCAGAGUGAGGAGCAGCAGCAACAGUUACGGGGAGCGGAGGGUAGACGGCACGGGCAAGCUGAGGAUGAAGAGGAGCAGCAGCAGCUGCAAGGGAAGGGUAGGGAGGAGAGACAGGAGCAACAGCGGCAACAAAUUGAGGAGCAGCAACAGCUGCAACCACCUCAUAGCGAAAGGGAACGCCAGCAGAGUGAGGAGCACCGGGAACAGCAGCUAAGUCCGGACGAGAAGCACCAGCAAACGGUGCAGGGGCAGCAUCAGCAGGAGCAUCAGGAGCAUCAGCAGCAGCCUCAGGAAGAGGAGCAGCAGCAGGUGGCGCAGGAGUUGGUGUCUCCUUUAGAACAGAACCAUAAUCACCACGUCCUGAUUCGACUUAGAGAAAUGCAGAGAUAUAAAAGUACGUCCCAGAGGAUUAAGGGGGUCCUGGACCAGAUGGACCGGGGUAUUGUGGACCUGCAGGAACUGCGCAGGAACCUGGAGAUAGCUGCCACCAUGUUGGACGCCAUCUACACUGAUGAGACCAAGUAGGAAUGAAGAGAGCCUAAAAGAGAGAAUGAAGUGGACCAGUGGUCUUUCGAUGUGUUCUGCUUCCACGAGGCGAGCGGAGAACACGCACUAAAGUUCCUGGUCUAUGACCUAUUGACCCGCUAUGAUCUGGUCAACAGGUUUAGGAUCCCUGUGCAGGCUCUGGUCCAAUUUGUCGAAGCUCUGGAAAGUGGCUACAGCAAACACAGAAACCCGUACCACAACCUGAUCCACGCCGCCGACGUCACACAGACGGCCCACUUCCUCAUGCUCCACACGGGACUAAUGCACUGGCUGAGUGAACUUGAGAUCCUGGCCAUGGUGUUCGCCGCAGCGAUCCAUGACUUUGAACACACAGGAACCACCAACAACUUCCACAUCCACACCAGGUCGGACGUGGCCAUCCUGUACAAUGACAGGUCAGUGUUGGAAAAUCAUCAUAUUAGCGCCGCCUACAAGCUAAUGGCGGAAGACGACAUGAACAUACUGGUAAACCUGAACAAGGACGACUGGAGAGAGCUGAGGUCGCUGGUUAUAGAGAUGGUGAUGGCAACAGACAUGUCCUGUCACUUCCAGCAGAUCAAAACCAUAAGGAACGCUCUGAGCCAGACACACGGCAUCGACAAAGUGAAGGUCUUAUCUUUGAUGCUUCAUGCUGCUGACAUCAGCCAUCCAGCGAAAGCCUGGCCACUACACUAUCGCUGGACCCACAGUCUGAUGGAGGAGUUUUUCCGACAGGGAGAUAAAGAAGUGGACCUAGGUCUUCCUUUCUCCCCCCUCUGUGAUCGCAAAGCAACUAUGAUCGCCCAAUCACAGAUUGGUUUCAUAGAUUUCAUCGUUGAGCCCACCUUCAGUGUUCUGAUCGACACCACGGAGAAGGUGGUCGGUCCUCUGGUCGAGGAGGAUAGGAAUGCCAAAAAGGCAGGGAACAGGAGGUCCAGUUUAACAGGAAGUGGAACUGUAACUGUGGAGUCAGUGCAGAGACACAGCAGCAGUCGCCACGGAAACAGCGAUGAAGGACAGACAGACUUCUCUCUGACUGCCAUCGACCUGCCAGCUCUGCGGUGCCACCUGUCGGGCGUCAUCAGUAGUAACAAGGACCGCUGGAAGGAGCUGUCUGUGCACGAACUGGCAAAUAAGCAGCAGGAGGAGCAAGAGAGGCUUGAGUCUGCUCAGUCAGUGGGUUCUCCCGCACAAGACGACCUCGAUGUACCUGCCUCUGACCAAUCAGAUUCCUCCCUUCCUAAUCAGAUGCACAGCGGAGAGUCCUCUGACCAUCAGCCGGCUGGUCACAUGACCUGUAAUGGGGCACAGCUCAGCGAGGAGAAGGAAGAAGAGGAGGAACACGUGCCUGAAAAUGCCUGACGACAUCUAUUAACCUCACUAUUGUACCUGACGAUGGUUGACAUGUUUGGACUCUUCUGUUUUAAACACAGUAGAUAACAAGGUGGCCCCGCCCACCCCACCACUGCCAAGGUGGCCCUGCCUCAGUUUAUGUUUACAUUUGGCCAUGAUGUCACACGUAACUGCAUCAUGGUCCUUCACUGUGUAAAAGUGUUAUGUGAUUAUUUUUUUAUUAGCGAAAAAAACAAACAAAAAAAACAAACAAAAAACUCUAAUGUUAAAAGACUUAAGUAGAAACUAAAGAACGCUUUCCAGUAGUCGAUUAGCAUCGGGGAGACAACGUCCGGGGGGCUUUGCGAAGAAGCUGAUGCAGAAUCGUGUGCUCGUAAAUAUACUGUAGGUGUGACGUGAUGAAGACAAAUGCUACAUUUAUUCGUUGGACUAUAUCCGCAUAAAUAUUUCAUCCUUAUUAGCAAAUAUUAGUAUGCUUACAUUUUGAACUGAAGCGGUAGUACAGUACAGCUAGCAUCGAAGCUGCUGAACAUUCGUUUUGUUUUUUGUUUUGUUUUGUUUUGUUUUUUUAGCAUGACUGCUGUUUCUUCACUUACAUAGUAACAUAGCAAAACAAGAAGAUGACAAAAAACAAAUUGGAAAUUAGUGUUUUAGCUGACGCUAAAAGAUUAGAACAAAAAUGAUGUCCAUAAUUUUUCCAUAACACCUCAACCUCCAAACUAACCACAAAAUACUGUGGUGAAUAUAAUACUAUAAUACUUCAAAUAUGUUAGCAUGUUAACUGAACUGCUGUUUU